UAGUCUUGAUCAUUAAAUUAUCUUUCCCCAAUCCUUGAUAGUUGAAUCUUUCUUUCUUCUCUGAUUGGCUUAGAGCUUGGUAUAUUGAUCAUACCAAAGUGGUAGUGAUUGAUUGAUUAGCCCAACCACAAUACAAACAGAUUUGACUCAAAAAGAAGAAAAUGAAUUCUAACAACUGGCUUGGCUUUCCUCUUUCACCAAACAACUCUUCUUUGCCUCCUCAUGAAUACAACCUUGGCUUGGUCAGCGACCAUAUGGAAAACCCUUUUCAAACACAAGAGUGGAAUAUGAUCAAUCCACACGGUGGAGGAGAGGUUCCAAAAGUGGCUGAUUUUCUCGGUGUGAGCAAACCGGACGAAAAUCAAUCUGACCACCUAGUAGCUUACAACGACUCAGAUUACUACUUCCAUACCAAUAGCUUGAUGCCUAGCGUCCAAUCAAAUGAUGUCGUUAAUGUAGCAGCUUGUGACUCCAACACUCCUAACAACAGUAGCUAUCAUGAGCUUCAAGAGAGUGCUCACAAUCUACAGUCACUCACUUUGUCCAUGGGGACCACCGCUGGUAACAACGCUGUAGACAAAGCUUCACCGUCCGAGACCACCGGGGAUAACACUAGCGGUGGAGCACUAGCCGUUGUUGAGACGGCCACGCCGAGACGUGCAUUGGACACUUUCGGACAACGAACCUCGAUCUAUCGUGGUGUCACAAGACAUCGAUGGACGGGUCGCUAUGAGGCUCAUCUAUGGGAUAAUAGUUGUAGAAGGGAAGGCCAGUCUAGGAAAGGAAGACAAGGUGGAUAUGACAAAGAAGAUAAAGCAGCAAGAUCAUAUGAUCUAGCUGCACUUAAGUACUGGGGUCCUUCAACUACUACUAAUUUCCCCAUUACAAACUACGAGAAAGAAGUAGAGGAAAUGAAGCACAUGACGAGACAAGAGUUCGUGGCUGCCAUUAGAAGGAAAAGUAGUGGCUUUUCCAGAGGCGCUUCGAUGUAUCGAGGAGUUACAAGGCAUCACCAACAUGGAAGAUGGCAAGCAAGGAUCGGCCGAGUCGCGGGAAACAAAGACCUCUACUUGGGAACUUUUAGCACUGAGGAAGAAGCAGCAGAAGCUUACGAUAUAGCUGCAAUAAAGUUCAGAGGACUUAAUGCAGUGACCAACUUUGAAAUCAAUAGGUAUGACGUCAAAGCCAUCUUAGAGAGCAGCACUCUUCCCAUAGGAGGAGGUGCAGCUAAACGGCUCAAAGAAGCUCAAGCUCUUGAGUCUUCAAGGAAACGUGAGGCGGAGAUGAUAGCCCUUGGUUCAAGUUUCCAGUACGGGGGUGGCUCGAGCACAGGUUCUGGCUCAAGCUCAUCAAGGCUUCAGCUUCAACCAUACCCUCUAAGCAUUCAGCAACCUUUAGAGCCUUUUCUAUCUCUUCAGAACAAUGACAUCUCUCAUUACAGCAACAACAAUGCUCAUGAUUCCUCCUCUUUUAAUCACCAUAGCUAUAUCCAGACACAACUUCAUCUCCACCAACAGACCAACAAUUACUUGCAGCAACAAUCGAGCCAGAACUCGCAGCAGCUCUACAAUGCGUAUCUCCAUAGCAAUCCGGCUCUGCUCCAUGGCCUUGUCUCUACCUCUAUCGUUGACAACAACAAUAACAAUGGAGGCUCUAGUGGGAGCUACAACACUGCAGCGUUUCUUGGGAACCACGGUAUUGGUAUUGGGUCGAGCUCGACUGUUGGAUCGGCUGAGGAGUUUCCAACCGUUAAAACAGAUUACGAUAUGCCUUCCAGUGAUGGAACCGGAGGGUAUAGUGGUUGGACCGGUGAGUCUGUUCAGGGGUCAAAUCCUGGUGGUGUUUUCACUAUGUGGAAUGAUAACAACCGUAAGCUUCUCCAAACUUACACUAACUACCAACGACAACAUUCUCCUAUUCCUUCUCCGGUAUAUUCUCCCCCGGCUGAUCUUCCUCCUCCUCCUACUCCCGUCUAUUCUCCUCCGGCUGAUCUUCCUCCUCCUCCUACUUCCGUCUAUUCUCCUCCGGCUGAUCUUUCUCCUCCUCCUACUCCGGUCUAUUCUCCUCCCGUUGAUGUCCCUCUUCCUCCUACUCCAAUCUAUCCUCCUCCGGUUGGUUUUCCGCCUCCUCAAGCUUAUCAAGCCUACUAUUACAGGAAAUCUCCACCACCACCACCUUCUAAAUAUGGAAAAGUGUAUCCACCUCCUCCCGCCAAACCAUGAGGAAGAUCUCAGAUGGCAAACAAGAUAAGUGAAACUGCUUCCAAGAUGGAUGAUUAUGAAGUUGUGGAACAGAUCGGACGAGGCGCUUUCGGUUCUGCUUUUCUUGUCAUUCACAAGUCUGAGAGACGAAAGUAUGUGGUUAAGAAGAUUCGUUUGGCUAAACAAACAGAAAGAUGCAAGCUUGCUGCAAUCCAAGAGAUGAGUUUGAUAUCAAAGCUUAAGAGUCCUUAUAUUGUGGAGUAUAAAGAUUCAUGGGUUGAAAAGGAUUGUGUAUGUAUUGUAACUAGUUAUUGCGAGGGUGGAGACAUGACUCAAAUGAUAAAGAAGUCAAGAGGAAUAUUCGCGUCCGAAGAAAAACUCUGUAGAUGGAUGGUGCAGCUACUGUUGGCUAUCGAUUACCUCCAUAGCAAUCGAGUUCUUCACCGGGACCUUAAGUGCUCCAACAUAUUCCUCACUAAAGAAAACGAGGUUCGGUUAGGUGACUUUGGCCUUGCAAAACUUCUAGGCAAAGACGAUCUGGCUUCCUCGAUGGUGGGAACACCAAACUACAUGUGCCCUGAACUUCUUGCAGAUAUACCUUAUGGCUACAAAUCUGAUAUUUGGUCUUUAGGUUGUUGUAUGUUUGAAGUAGCUGCACAUCAACCGGCCUUCAAGGCUCCUGACAUGGCAGGACUCAUCAACAAGAUUAACCGCUCUUCGCUUUCUCCUCUCCCGGUUAUGUAUUCCUCUUCAUUAAAAAGACUGAUCAAAAGUAUGUUGCGCAAGAACCCUGAACAUAGACCAACUGCUGCAGAAUUGCUAAGACAUCCUCACUUACAGCCAUAUCUUGCACAAUGCCAAAACCUGUCUCCAGUUUUCAAACCAGUUGUCUCCAAAUCAGAACACAACACCUACGAAAACAGAACAGGUCUCCCGCCGAAGACCAAAUCCGCAAAAACACCCAUUAAACAUAAUCAAGAAGCAGAGGAAACAGAGAAGAGAAACAAGAAUACGAGCUCUAGUUCAAAAGACAAGGAGAGACCAGCAAAGACCCAAGAGAUGUCAUUGAUUAGCACAAUAACGCUGCUACGCGAGUUUCAGAAGAAAAGCCCGAAAAGCGAGGAGAGGGCAGAAGCAUUGGAAUCAUUGUUGGAGCUUUGUGCAGGUUUACUUAGGCAAGAGAAGUUUGAUGAGCUUGAAGGAGUCUUGAAACCUUUUGGAGAUGAAACAGUUUCAUCAAGAGAAACCGCUAUUUGGCUUACAAAGAGUCUCAUGAAUAGAAGAGCCAAGAAGGCAGAGAGUGAUGCAGCAACGAUGGAACCAACCACCGGAAAAGCUACAGUGCUAGAGGAAGCACCUGGUGAUGGUGCUGGAGACUCCAUUGUAGCCGCGGAGACUGAGCUCACUAACACGGCCGAGAUAAAGAGGGCCACAAAGAUGUUGUUGACGUGAACGUGGUGAAGGAAUAUAUACUAUAAUAAAAUGUGGAGAGAGUUUCAAGGUCUACCAUUGAUAUGCAAGAUAGGAGAAUUCAUAGAAUUUUCUAAUUUUUGUUGCUAAAUUUAGGAAUGAAUUCAUGGCAAAAAUAAACUAGAGAUGUAAUU